AUGUCUGCUCCUGUACCUUCUAUCAACUCACUCGAUAAGAUCUACGAUCCUAGCGCUGUCCCUAAGCAAGACAAGCGUUACAAGAAUCUUCUUGCCCAAUUUGAAAAGGUCCAUGGACGCAAGCCCGAGUUCGUCGUCCGUUCUCCUGGUCGUGUUAACUUAAUUGGUGAACAUAUCGAUUAUUGUGGGUUUGGUGUCCUUCCUAUGGCCAUUGAACGUGAUGUUAUCAUUGUUGGUUCUACUACUGACGAGGAUACCAAGAUUCGUAUUGCCAACAUUAACUCCAAGAAGUAUCCUGCCAGAGAAUUUGACUAUGAGGGUAAGGAGAAGGUGGUUUCUAUCGAUUCUACCAAGUUGGAAUGGUCCAAUUACUUUAAGUGUGGUUAUAAGGGUAUGCUUGAGAAGUUCCAGUUGGAUACCCCCAAAGGUCUCUAUCUGAUGGUUGACGGUACCGUUCCCGCUGGCGGUGGACUUUCCUCUUCCGCUGCUUUUGUCUGUGCUUCUGCUUUAGCCGUUGUCACUGCCAACAAUUUAUCCAUUUCUAAGACCGAGCUCACUGAAAUUGCUAUCGUUGCCGAACGUAACGUUGGUGUUAACUCUGGUGGUAUGGAUCAAAGUGCAUCCGUUUUAUCAGAAAAGGAUUUUGCCCUUCACGUGGAAUUUGUUCCUAAGCUUCGCACUCAAGCCGUUCCUUUGCCCGUGACAUCACCCAAAUUGGCUUUUGUCAUCGCCAACACUUUAGUUGUUGCUGAUAAGUUCGUCACUGCUCCUCGUAACUACAAUCUUCGUGUCGUCGAAACCCAUAUGGCUGCUCUUUUCCUUGCUAAGAAGCUUAACUUGCCUGCCGUUGAUACCCUCAAGGAGGUUUACGAUCUCUACUACAAGGAUUCUUCUCUCUCUGAAGUUGAAAGAUUUACUGAUCUUCUCAAGAAGGCCGAAGAGUUUUACCCAAAGGACAAUAGCAACAAUAAUGGUUACACUCUGGACGAAGUCUCUCAAAUGCUCGAUAUUCCUGUCAAAGAACUCCAAGAUAAAUACAUGACUCGUUUCCCCGUUGAGACUGAUUACUUCCGUCUUGUUCAUCGUACUAAGCACGUCUUGUCCGAAGCAUCCCGUGUCAUCGAAUUCCACAAAGCUUGUGAAAACAGUCAAGGUGACUCCACCAUCAAGACUUUGGGUGAUCUCAUGAAUGCCUCUCAGGAAUCUUGUGAUAAGUUAUUCAUGUGUUCUUGUCCCGAAAUCAACGAUGUCUGUGAAAUUGCUCGUAAAAACGGCUCUUUUGGUUCCAGACUCAGUGGUGCUGGCUGGGGUGGUUCCACCGUUCAUUUGACUACUGAAGAUAACGUCGCUAAGCUUAUUGAUGCUAUCAAGAAUGAAUUCUACAGAAAGAAGUACCCCAACAUCACUGAAGAAGAAUUAGACGAUGCUAUCAUUGCUACCAAGCCUUGUAGUGGUGCUGCCAUUUAUACUGGCUUUUAG